AUGAACCACGCAAAAGAUAUCCAAACUGAGAAACAUUUGGCAGACUUGGAGAGCGCCAAGGUGGCCCCCAAAAACGACAACACGGCCGAGGAGAAUAUUCUGGAGCCGCUGCAAUUCCUGCUAGCUGCCCGCCGUGGCGUUCAUCAGGACCCUUCUUUCGCGAGCAGCCAUGUCCCCGAUGAUCGGGCUAUUAUCUUCAAGGGUCCGUCUGGGGUUAAGCCAGCCGUAGACCGAGCGUCUCGGUGGAGUCGAUUCGUCCGCUAUAUUGGUUAUCUUCCGACGAGUUCUCGCGUUGUGAUGAUAUGGUCAUUCUUCUACGCUGCCACCGAAUACGGUACAUAUACUACAAAACUCCCCGUGGAAGGCACAACCCGGACGAAAGGCGACAUCUACUACGGCCUCAAACUAGGCCUUUUAAUCUCAUGCAUCGUCCUCGCCCUCCUCAUCGCUGCCGGCCGAACAGCACGAAAACAAACGAUCGCAGCCAUCCCGCCCGAAUUCGACCCCGAAUCUUACCAGUGUCGCUUGCUCAAUGCGAUGCAGCAGCGUGGAUACCAUUACCGCGAGAUCGACGUUAUCAGUCUGGAGAAGAAGAUGGCGUAUUGGAAGAGAGAUCCCGGUCAUCGGGAGUGUUUCACUAUUAAAGGGCUUGUGGAUCCGGGUUGUCAGGGUGGUGGGGUUUAUGAUGUUGUUGUGAAUUUUUGGAAGGAUGGGAGGUUGAAUUUGCGGUUUUGGACGGGGGAGGAGAGUUUGAAGGAUGGGUCUUUGGUUGAGAGGCCGAGUUUGAUUUUGGAGUCGGGGGGUAAGAGUUAA